CUCCAUUGUCAGCGGAUGCCAAACAACCCCUCAGUUUCGCUUGCUUGAUUGUCUCUCCACCAAACCAUGCUGGAUCUAUGUAUUCAUUCACCUCUACUAAUCAAUAUUGAUUCCUCGUUCUUCUGCAUGGCUGCAUGUCUGCGAAGUGCAAACACACUCUCAUCCUUUCGCUCGGACCCCCCCUUUAGUUCCCGACCCCCUAUUCUUCCAGCCCUGGCUCUAGCCUCUUGGAAACUCACCCCAUCCAUCACCAUCACGACACAGCCAGCGUCGCUUAUAGGUAGUUAUAGUUGCCCCUGCCGUACAGCGUCCAUGACCCAUGCUGCACCGGAUCGGGGAAGGACAGCUCCUGCUGGUCUCCUGCCGGGCAGUUCAGCCCCGGGGAGAAGGUUUGCCCCGUUGACUGCCCAGGACCGGAUCCCUGACAUCUUGCCAUGACCGGGGGAAUCCAGUCAUCAGGGUCAGCCAGC